AUGGGAAGGGAGACACUACGGAAACCUGAAUUAAAUGAAGACAUACGAGAAAGGAAUUCGCAAAUUACGAAAAUAACAAUCAAUGAGUGGAAAAUAUUGUAUUUUGCCGAGUUUGACAUUGGAAGAGUUUUGGUGGCCUAGAAAACCAAAAAAAAUAACAAUUUUCUAGUCCCCAAAUCGUUCUGAAUACAUAUUCCAGAUGAAUCAACGGAAUCAGCAAAGUCAUCAAAGGGAAUUCGUCGAUUUCUACCACUAUAAUCCACCCGAUUCAGAUUCAGAAGAUCUCGAAGAAUUCAAAGAUCACAUUCAAGUUCGACCAACUCAAGAUUUUCAAAUUCGAAAUGCGGAAGAUCGAGAAUCUUAUGAAAAUCAAGAUAGAUAG